UCACAAGGAUAACCGUUGGCCAUUAUACUGGCAUUAAUUCUUUCACAACUUUGCAAUGCACUUUAUGGAUUAAUAGCCAUUCGUUAUUCAAGUUUCCACUCCCACUCCCCAUCCUCCAAUAUAGUGCACACGCCAUGUAAUCGGUAGGUACGCGCCACUCCACACCUGGCAAAACUUUGAGGCUUCGCAUGACCGGCACCAAUUGCCCGCGCCAUCCUACAAAGCACGAACUCCUCACAUGAUGAUUUCGGUUUCUCAGACAUCAGCACUAAACUAGCCUGUAUUGACAUUGUCAAACAGACAUAUACUACUCCCGCCUGAACCCCAUCUACAUUCCCAGCUGUUUAUUGACCCCAUGUCUUCGUUGCCAAAGAGAAUCAUCAAGGAGACGGAACGCUUGGUUUCAGACCCUGUUCCAGGCAUAUCCGCCAUUCCGCACGACGAUAACUUGAGAUACUUUGACGUCGCCAUACAGGGCCCGUCUGGGUCGCCGUACGAGGACGGGACCUUUAAGUUGGAGUUGUAUUUGCCUGACGAUUACCCAAUGUGCGCGCCAAAGGUGCGUUUCUUGACCAAGAUCUACCACCCAAACAUCGAUAAGUUGGGCAGAAUCUGUUUGGAUGUAUUGAAGAACAACUGGUCGCCGGCAUUGCAGAUCAGAACCAUUUUACUAUCGAUCCAGGCCUUGUUGGGUGCGCCUAACCCGGACGAUCCGUUGGCCAACGAGGUCGCUGAGGAGUGGAAAUCCAACGAGGCGCUGGCCAUUGCCACCGCUAAGAGCUGGACGGAGCAAUUCGCGAAGGAGGGUGAUUGAUGUGUAGUAAUGUACGUUAUAAUAGGUAAUAAACUGGUUUUUCCGAAGCGAUAAGUGUACGUGUUAUGAUUUUACUGCCUUAUGAUGUCAUUGGUAUACAGUAAAUAGCAAUCUCUAUCAAUAUUUAUGCAGAUAUUUAGUCAAUG